AUUAUCGUGAUUAUUGUCUCUCCUAAACAUUUCCACAAGGAUGUCCACUUCUGAACGACGUUGAGAGCAUUGUGAACGCAGUACACAUUUGACUAAUUAUCUGGAUUUCUUUAUUACAGUGUCAUUGUUGAAAAGGAGCCAAAACAACGCACUGUGGUCCCCGACACCAAAAAGUCCUGGUGGCGUAGGUUGUUCUGUCGUAAGAAGCAGACUCCUGUGGAAGAUGUGAAAGACGACGCACAGACUACAUCUACUGCCACAGAAAUAAGCAGUAUCAACACCAGCGAGGAGUCUCAGCAUGAAGAUGGUGUCCAGGAGGUUUCAUCCGCCCCUGAAACUUUAGCCUCAGCUGCAACUGAGGAUGAAGAAGAAGACAUGGAGUUGUUGUCUUCUUCUAUGUGUUUUUUUUCUUUCAUCAGCAGCAUCAAUGCUGACGAGGAGUCCGAGGAAGGAGCUGGUGUUCAGGAGGCUGAAGAUGAAGAAGCAGCUAGUGCUAACCCCAGCAUCCAGUCUGAAGAUGGUGAAGCUGUGGAGAAGGCUUCAUCCACCGCUGUGAUUCUGGUCUCAACUGAGGAUGAAGACGUACCAGAAGACAUGGAGUUGUUGUCUUCUUCUAUGUGUUUUUUUUCUUUUAUCAGCAGCAUCAACGCUGACGAGGAGUCCGAGGAAGGAGCUGGUGUCCCUGAAGAUGAAGAAGCAGCUAGUGCUAACCCCAGCAUCCAGUCUGAAGAUGGUGAACCUGUGGAGAAGGCUUCAUCCUCCGCUGACAUUCUGGUCUCAACUGAGGAUAAAGACGUAUCAGAAGACACAGAGUUGUUGUCUUCUGCCCCAGAAGAUAAGUAUAUGUCCUUUUCUUUUAUCAGCAGCACCAACAAGGAGUCCAAGGAAGAAGCUGGUGUUCAGGAGGCUUCACCCACCGCUGAAGAUGAAGAAGCAACCAGUGUCAACACCACCAUUGAGCCGGAUCACGAUGAGCCUGUCGAGAAGGCUUCCAGUUGGCUUCACUGGCUGGUGCCUCGCCGUAAGAAACAGAGGGUGGAGACAGAACCUCCAUCUGAGACAGCAGAGAUGGACACAGAUUGCACUGAGGCCCAGCCAUUUAUCAUUCACAGUAAAAAACCCAACCCAAUAGGUCAGGGUGGGAGUAUAGAUGUUGAAACUCUCAAUGCCGAUAUAUAUAGAAAAGUGUUCCUUCGGCAAAAGAAUUUGUUGCAGGAAAAAACCUCAGCCAGCACAGACGUCAUUCCCAGAGAGGAGCUGGUCUGCCUCGGGUUCCCCAACCUGGCGCAGACCUGCUACAUGAACUCCACCCUGCAAGGCCUCCUGACGCUGAGACCUUUUGUUCACGACAUCAUCAAGCAGAAGAAGGUGUGGAUGUCUCACCCCGGAUCUAAAGUCCUCAGACGGUUUGUAGAUGUGGGACACAGCCACUUUAACGGCAACAAGAGAGAGACAAAAAGUGUCCUGGCUGCUUUUAAAGAUGCUGUCGCUGAGUUUAACUCAGAGUUUAAGGACCAUCAGCAGAAAGAUGCCCAUGAGUUCCUCAGCUCCUUGUUGAAUCAGAUGAAGUCUCUGAACUUUGACCUGCAGGAAUCAGCAGUUAACAUGGGCUUCAAUUACACCUGCCCUGUUGAUGCUCACAUCACCUUCCAGAUGUUGAGCACCAGGACCUGCAAAGGAUGCGGUAAACAAUCCAUGAGGGAGGAGGACUACAUCAACCUGUCCCUAGACCUGGUGCAUGGCGGCUCAGUAAACCAGUGUCUAAAGGACUACCUUAAAUUGGACCAGUUGGAGUAUCGGUGUGAGUGUGGUGCAGAGCAGUCAACGCAGCGGCCGUCCUUCUUGACCCUGCCAAAUGUACUUAUCCUGCAGCUGAAGAGAUUCAGCUUCACCAAAACCUACGACCUGGUGAAGGUGCAGAGCCCGGUUGUUUUAUCAAGAGAGCUGCUGGUGAAUCCAGAAUCUAGCGUUGCCGAACAGACAACAACUCGCUACUCUCUGGUGAGCAUCGUCAGCCAUUUAGGAUCCACAGCCAACUCUGGACAUUAUAUUUGUGACGGAGCCUACAGACCGGGAGAUAAUAAAGACCGAUGGCUAACUUACAAUGACAAACACGUCAGUGAGACGACCGGCGCGUCUGUCUGCCACAAUCGCCAACAGACAGCCUACCUCCUGUUCUACGUGAAGCAGGUAAGGCAACAGCUCUUCUCUAUGGACAGAAAUAUGUGUCUUUCUGAAGAAGCGGAUAGACACACACACUAGGGUUGUCAAAAGUAAUCGGUACUCAAAAAAGUAUCGAUACUAAACGUUGUAUCCGGAUACGAUUCUCAUUUUCAAAAGUAUCGAUACCCCCCAAACUUUCGUUUCAAACUGACCUAUUACUGAUGUUAUCGUAGCAUUAAUGUUAGCCGUGUUAUUAUUAGCCAUUAGCCGCAGCUAGCAAUUAAAGGCUGACGUCACUUCCUGCUACUUAUGUCGUUUGUGAGUAAAAUGGGCGGUUUUAGCAAUGUUUGAAAGAAACUGAUAACUUUAGUUAGCUAGCUAGAUAGCUGGCUAACAUUUUCAUAUUUUUUCUGUUGCUUAGAUAAUACCAAAGAGCUGCUUUUGGAACACCAAAAAAACUAAAAUCAGCCUUUCUGGCUAAUUUAUCAACUUUAACCCAUUUAAUUACACCAUAUUUCUUAGUUAUGUAUAAGGCUCUGAAAAUGU